UUGAAAACGAUUGUAACUGGUAGUAAGCAAAACUUUAAGUGGAAAAUAUGGAACGUUGGAAUAAUCGCAUUGCUGUAGUCACAGGUGCAAGCUCUGGUAUUGGAGCCGCUAUUGUUCGACACCUGGCCACCAGGGGACUUGUUGUGGUAGGUCUCGCACGUCGCGUGGAACGAGUGGAAGCGCUGCGGAAUGAAGUAGAUGCCGUGGCGGCGAAACGCAUCCAUGGCCUCCAAUGUGAUAUGCGAAAUGAGGCAGAAGUCGUAGCUGCCUUUAAGAAAAUCGAAGCCAAGUAUGGACCUGUGGCGGUUUUGGUAAAUAACGCUGGUAUUGGCCGUCAUAGCUCUUUGUUAGCUGAAGGCAGUUCUCACGAUGCCCGAGAUAUCAUUGAAACUAAUGUAUUGGGGUUGGUUAAUGCCACACGGGAAGCAUUUCGCUCGAUGAAGGCAAACGGUGGUGAUGGACAUGUUUUCUUAAUCAAUAGUAUUACCGGACAUCGAGUGCCAAGUGUCCUUAGUAUUCCAAUGAAUAUCUAUUCACCAUCCAAAUUUGCGGUAACUGCAUUGGCAGAAGUUUAUCGUCAAGAGUUUUUGAGCAUGCAAACCCAAGUGAAAAUUACGAGUAUUAGCCCUGGUUUUGUAGACACGGAAAUAAUAACAAGCGAAAUGGCUGAAAAAUUGAAAAAUAUGCCACGUUUAAAGGCGGACGAUGUUGCCGAUGCUUUAAUUUAUUGUUUGCAAACUCCGCCCCAUGUACAGAUUCAUGAGCUGACCAUUAAGCCUGUUGGAGAGAAAGUUUAGCGCGCGCGGAUAAGUGUAUAUAUGUACAUACAUAUAGAUGUGCUUACUUAUUAGAAUACGUGAUGUUUUUUUAUCGUUAUCUUAGUAAAAAAAUCAGUGAUCUAUUCAAAUUUAAAUUUAAGUACAUACAUACUUACUUUCAAGAAAAUUUAAAUUUUUAAUAAGUACAUGGAUUAGGUAAAUGUUCAAAUAUUUAUUAUUUUAGUUUAAUUUACCGUCUAUAUAAACAAGAUAUUCUUAAAGAUUAUUUAAUAAGUUGGCAUUAAGUUUUUUUACAUUAACUACAAAAUUUAUAAGAUGAUGCUUAAAAAUAAAGUUAAAGUACAGUUACGUAAUAGUCAACCGC